CCCAUCUCUCCGCUUCUGUUCAGUUUGACUUUCACCGCCUAUAAAAACGAAGUUACAUACCUCCGCACUAUUCGUCAUUCAUAAUCAUCAUAUCUUCUUUCUAUUAUUUCGUUUCUCUUUUCUUCACUUUUUUUUUUCUCUCAAUCCAGAAUCGCAGCCAUGUCUCAGACCGUGGUCCUCAAAGUUGGUAUGACAUGUGAAGGAUGUGUUGGAGCAGUGAAGAGGGUUUUGGGGAAAUUGGAUGGUGUGGAAUCAUAUGACGUUGACUUGAAGGAACAGAAGGUGGUAGUGAAAGGAAACGUUGAACCAGAAAAAGUUCUGCAAACGGUUUCCAAGACUGGGAAGAAGACUACUUUCUGGGAUGCUGAAAAACCAGCUCAGUAAUUGUUGCCUAAAAUAAUUUGGUUCUGUAGACAUUGCUCUGUGAAUCAGAUACUACUUUAUGGAUCUUGCAAGAACUAUAUAACAUGUAUUCAAUAUUUAUCUGAGUAAGCUGUAAUAAACUCUUGGUACAAAACUAUUAUUUACAGUUGCGAAUUGUGAUAUUUUAUUAGUGUCGUUUAUUGAGAUAUUUAAUUUCCCUUGUUCA